CAACAUAUGCCUAACAAACCUCAUCGUUGGGGUUAUAAAAUGUUUCUUUUAGCUGGUGGUGAAAGUGGCAUUUGUUAUGAUUUUCUUUUCUAUGUAGGUAAAUCUGAUAUUGAUAGACAGGAACAAGAUUUUUGUACAAAAGUUGUUCUUGAAUUAUGUGAAACUGUACCACGUUCUAUCAACCAUAAACUUUUUUUUGAUAACUAUUUUACAACAAUUAAACUUCAAGUUGAGUUGAAAAAGUUAGGUAUUUAUUCUGUAGGUACGGUAAGAGCUAAUCGCUUACCGGGUUUGAUCAUGAAAGGCGAAAAAGAUUUAUCAAAAGAAGGUAAAGGAUCAAUGGAUCAUCGUGUUGCUGAAGUUGAUGGUGUUGAAUUAUGUGCAGAAAGGUGGUAUGACAAUAAGGCUGUUAAUUGUUUGUCUACAUUGUACGGUUGUCAACCAUCCGACUCAGUUGAACGAUGGUCGUCAAAAGAAAAAAAUCACAUACAAGUUGUACGACCAAAUAUUGUAAAAGCAUAUAACCAGCACAUGGGUGGUGUUGAUUUGAUUGACAUGUUAGUUUCAUUGUAUCGAAUUAAUGAUCGUUCAAAAAAGUACUAUACUAAAAUUAUCUUUCAUCUUAUCGAUCUAUCAAUUGUAAAUGCUUGGCUAGUUGUUGCUGAAUCUAUGCUUAAAUCUGCACCACCUACACCUUCAACAAAACGUGGUCGUCCAUCUUUAGAUUCAACAUCAAAUGAAAAUAAUCAAACAACAACAUCACGAGCUGUACCAAAUUCAAUUCCACCAUCAAGUUUUUUACCUAUCAAACUUGUUGUAUUUUGCAUAGUAAUGGUGUUUUUCAAAGCAAUUGAUCUGGUUGAUGCCAGUGAAAAAUAUGGUGAUGGUCAAAAAAUGAUAGUAGCUAACGAAGUCAUUGAAAAAGGUGAAAAGAUAUGGUGGUGUACAUGUGGUGAUGAUGAUGAAAUAAUGUCACGUGAUGAAAUAUUAGCAUUAUGUGUUGAUUAUCCACAUUUGAAAAAUUUUCUCUGCUGGUAUUCAUAUAUGAUUGCUGACGAUAUGUAUCUCAUACCAAAGACAUAUUGCGAACAACGAAAUAAUGAUGAAUGCUGUUUAUUCAAUCAUUCGUGUGAACCAAACUGUGGUUUUGAUAUAUCAGAUUCAAAUAAUAUCGUUGCAUUCAGAACAAUUCAACCUGGUGAAGAAUUGACAUAUGAUUAUCAUUUUCUUGAGACUGAACCAUCACUCAUCCGUGGUAUGCAAUGCAAAUGUGAAACAAAAACAUGCGUCGGUAUUCUCAAUUUUGAUCGAUAUCGUGAUCCUGAAUUUCAAGACAAAUAUUUCAUGUACAUGAGUCCCUAUUUACAACAGCGUGUACGAGAAUUAAAAUCAAAAUGGUAUUCAGGAAAAUGUUUUACACGUACAACAGCUGAUCCAAAAGUUCGUUCAUUACAUGCUCUUGAAUGGAUCAGAGCUGGUGAAAUAGUGGCAAAAUUUUCUGGUCCAAUAAUGGUUGAAAAUCAUUUUAUUCAACAUUCUGAUGUGCCAACAUGCUUUGUUAAUCAUAAAAAAGAAGUAAUUGCUUUUGGUGAUUUGCCUUGUGAGGCUGAAAUUACAUUAAAUUAUCAUGGAACAUUGUUAUAA